UUGCACUGCCAAGUUCUCCACAACAACAAUUUAAUCGAGAUGGAAAGUGAGCUAUUGCAAACAACAAUAACCAACUGACUAACCUCAAACGACCAAGUUGUGCGGCAAGCGCGAGUAUCAUGACUGAGUUGUUUACAUUUUCGAAAAGUUUGAAAUUCAAUUAAAUUAUAAACAAUAAGAAAAAAAUAGCAAAAAUAAUGAAAACACAAUAACAACAGUGUACGAAAGAGCGUGCAUAAUGCAAUGCAAAAUGUGGAGGAAAAGUACAUAACAGCUAUGUUGAUUAAGCGGAACCCCCGACAGCACCAACCGUUCCCCUACUGCAGCAGGCCGGCGCACACAACCGCCAGCAGUCGCGGAAAUUGAAGCUUAUAACUGGCAUUCGGAACGCGGCGCGGCUUUCAGUUAUCAAUUAAGAGCGGACAUGACCACAAGCGGCAUGACAGUGGAAUAAUAACGCUCGCCAAAGUGCAACAACAAACACGUGCACAACGUUCGAAUAACAAAAACAUAAAAAAAAAAAACAAAAAUAGACAGAGCGAACGCGCCAAACGAGAUAUUAGAGAUAUUAUUUACAAAAACAAAUAAAACGAAAUUAUUGAAUAUUAGAAUAGUCGAUAGACUGCAAAAAGCACACCAACACCAUCACUGGCGUCAGCAGCAACAACAACAAACGAAUAUUUACAGCACUUUGGCAUUGAUCAAUGCAACGGCUGGUGGACCUGUAGGAUACGCACGCACAACAUUAGACUCCAUACUGAACUUGUUACUCUACGCCAGAUUGUUAUUGUUGCUGCUGCUAUUGUUGAUGAUGUUGCUGUUGUUGGUGUUGUUGUUGGUGGGCAACAUGACCAUGUUUACUUCUAUUGAGUUGUGCGUAGCGGCUGCCAUACCCGACAACAACAACGAUACCGCCUUCACUACAGAGACAACAAUAACAAGUGAGCAAAUAUUAGGAUAUACGCGUGACUGGCGCUUAAUCACGCGCGCCGAAUGGGCAGCACGCAUCCCCACUUCCAUCAGCAAUUUCACCGGCCCGGCACCGUAUGUCAUCCUUCAUCAUUCCUAUCAACCGGGCGUUUGUCGUACAUUGGACGCCUGCAAGGCUGCAAUGCGUUCCAUGCAGAACUAUCAUAUGGACGGUCAUGGUUGGACGGAUAUUGGCUAUAGCUUUGCUGUGGGCGGUGAUGGCAAUGUGUAUGAGGGACGCGGCUAUGAAGUGGUCGGUGCUCAUGCACCAAACUACAACAGCCGCAGCAUUGGUCUGCUCUUAAUUGGUAAUUUUAUGGAUGAAUUACCACCAGCACCGAUGUUGGACGUCGCACAGGACUUUAUUAAAUACUCGGUAGAGAGUGGUCAUUUGCGUAAGGAUUACAUUUUGCAUGGACACCGGCAGGUGCGUAGCACCGAAUGUCCGGGCAAUGCGUUGUAUGCGGAGAUUACGAUGUGGCCUCAUUGGCAGAAGUCAUAAUGGACUGAUUUAAUGGUCAUACUUCAAUAUUAAUAUUUAAAUUGUUCCGGUAGAGUUUUGAUUAUUUUGCUUUGUCACACUAAAAUUAUACAAAAUAUAUAUGUAUAAUGUAAUGAAAAUAAAAGAGACUGCUCACCAUAGCUACAUAUAAUUUGGCUUCA